ACAAUUUAUUUUCAGCCGCCGAAAUUCCUAGUCAUCACUCACUCUCUGACUUUCUCUCUCUCUCACACUCAGCGGUUUGUGCAGAAAAUGAUCAAAGCCGGAGCUUUUCUGCUACUUUUGGUUUACAUUUUGAACUUAUCAGAAGCCAAAUCUGUUGUUCUUCAUCGGCCUCAGCCUCAUACAUCCUUCAAAAUCAAUGCAACCCAGGCUGCAGGCAAAUGCUCUUACUCAGUAUCGAUAAAAACAAGCUGUUCUUCCACCACAUAUACUCGCGAUCAUGUCAGCCUUGCUUUUGGCGAUGCUUAUGGCAACCAGGUGUAUGCACCGAGGUUAGAUGAUCCGUAUUCAGGAACAUUUGAGAGGUGUUCGACAGAUACAUAUACAUUAUACGGUCCGUGUACAUACCAGAUCUGUUAUCUGUAUCUCUACAGGACCGGAUACGAUGGCUGGAAGCCGGAUUCUGUGACGGUUUAUGGCUAUUAUACCAAGUCUGUUACUUUCUACUACAACACUUGGAUUCCUAAUGGCGUCUGGUAUGGAUUUGAUGAAUGCCAUGGCGCCUCGGCAUCCGCCUGAAUAAUGUAACAAGACGAGUUUUUACUUGUUUUGCCUUAUUGUUGUUCUUUGAUUAAUGUUUCAUGGAUACGAGACUUUGCAGGUAUUUCAUUUUAGGGGGAUUGAAUGGUAUUUCUCUGAAAUUAAACGGGUUCCUGAAGGUCAAAUGUGAGAAUUUUGUCAGGAAUAUAAUUAUUGACAUUUAAGAACCA